AUGGAACAUCAACGUGACAGAGCCUCUAGCUCCAUUAAUUGUCCACCUUUGUUUGAUGGAGACGAUUACUCACAAUGGAAGAUUAUGAUGAGGGCGUUUCUCUACUCUCAAGAUGAAAAUAUGUGGAAUAUAGUGGAGAUUGGUUGGGAACAUCCAACCAAGGUAGAAGACUCCAAGAAAGAAGAAGUGAGUUCUGCAAGAAUUCCUAAGCCUAGAAAGGAAUGGACAAAGGAGGAGGUUUGUGACAGAAAUUGUGAUUUCAAGGCACGAAAUUCAUUAUUCACAGCUCUGUCCAAGAAGGAGAGAAUGAGAAUCAGCCACUGUGACACUGCCAAACAAGCAUGGGAUCUUCUCCAAGUCACCUAUGAAGGUAAUAAAAAGGUUAGAGGGCAGAAACUUCAACAACUAGUUUUGGAAUUUGAGAAUAUGUCAAUGGCUGAAGAUGAAUCAAUCGACGACUUUCAUGCUCGGCUUCUCAAUGUAACUAGUCAAUGUCGAAGCUUGGAUGAUCCAGUUGAGGAGCACCGAAUUGUCAAGAAGUUUCUUAGAUCUCUUCCUCCAAAAUUCCAGGCCAAACAGAUUGCCAUUGAGGAGGCUCAGGAUCUAGAUAUCUACUCUCUUGAUGAACUUGUGGGAAAUCUCAAAACUUUUGAGAUGAGAUUCAAACCGGAUAAAAAGGUAAAAGAUGUUGCUUUCUCUUCCGUUAAAAAUAAAGAUGAUGUUAUCAAUAAUUCUGUGGAUUUAGCUUUAUUAACAAAAGAGUUCAAAGAUUUUCUGAAAUAUAAAAACUCUUCUGGAAAUAAUUCAAGAAACUUUUCUGACUCAAAAAGAGGUCAAAUAUUUGAUAAUCGUUUUGACAAAAAUUCAAAAUUUGCUCAAAAGAAAAGUUUUCCUGACAAACCUAAAUGUUAUGAAUGUGGUGGAAUUGGACAUAUUCCUGCUAACUGUGGUAACAGGAUAUGUAAUUCACGUGGUGACAAAGCUUUAAAAUUCACAUGGAGUGAUAGUGAUGAAGGAUCUCAAUCGGAUUCUGAAGAGGUAAAUCUUGCUCUUACUUCUUCCCUUAAUAUUGAUUUAUCUGAUGAUUCUGAUUUAGAUGAUGAUGCUCUUGAUGAAGAAACUAAUGAAAAGUGUAAGCAAUUGUAUAAUGCUUCAAAGUUCUUCAAAAAAAUUACAAACUUGAAGAAGAAGUAA